AUGAUGAUUGAGGAUUGGAAGUCACUGCAAAUGGAGUAUGAAGAAGAUGGAGCACCGCUAUCACUUUCUCAAGACUUAAGCCAAAGUGCAGGUCUGUUGAGCCUAACACGAGUUGGGAGUCAGAGAGUCAUUCAACUAUCAGCCGAAUUCAUGCUUUUCUUCUCUGUAUUUGAUGUUGAAAAUGGAGAAAGAGAGCUUGCACUAGUUGAAUACAACUUCUUGCAGUUUCAACCUUCCAAGAUAGUUGCAUAUGUAGUUUUAAGUCUGAAAAUGUCCAGCAGUGUUGUGAAAUGUUACAUUAAUUGCCACAAACCCUUGACCUAUCACAGUUGUAAAUCCAGAUGA